AUGAAGAAGGCGUCCAGGUACCUGAAGCAGCUCUUCUCCUCCAUCGUCGCGGCAGUGAAGGCCAGGUCCACCGCCGUGAUGGGUAUCAAGGCCAGCUCCCUGCGGACGCGCCUCAUCGUGCUCGGCAUCACGCGCAACAAGAAGCUCCUGCUCAGCGCCAUCCAGAGCAAGAUCCACGCCAUCAUGGGAGGCAGUAGUAGCCACAGCAGCAGCAAUGCGGUGGGCGCCAGCCGCGGCGGCGGCGGCGGCGAGAGCGAGCGCCUGUUCCUAGCCAGCAGCGGCGCCAGGAAGGCCGCGCUGCUGCAGAGCCUGCCGAGCUUCGCUGUGGAGCAGGAGGCGAGGGCGGUCGUCCUGCUCAGCAGCCUGCCGAGCUUCGCGCUGGAACGGAACGCCGCCGCCUGCGGCGGGCGCCAACGAGGACAAGGACGUGGUGGAAGCAGCAGCAGCAGGCGAGAAGCAUCUUGCUACCGUGGACGACGCCGCCGUCGCCGCUCCUGCAGGGUCGGCGGCGGAGGGCGAGUUCCGGCUGGAGGACGAGAUCGACCGCGUGGCGGACGUCUUCAUCAGGCGGUUCCACGAGCAGAUGAUGCUGCAGAAGCUCGAGUCCUUCAAGAGGUUCUGCGAGAUGCUGGAGAGGGGCGCCUGAAUGUCUAUAUCCCACUCGCAUUGCAUGCCAAUCUUAAUGGUUCAUCUAAUAAUUAA